UUGGAUCGGCCAGCAGUCUGUGAUGGGUUGCUCGGGAGGGACAUGAACUCCAAACAAUUGGAUCAGGCGGCAGUUAGUGGUGCGGCCAGAGGAGCUGCCUGCAUUGGCGUCUUGUGCAUCGAUAUAGCGACGUCGCUGGGAAAGCGCUACGGCGAGCGUUGGAGUAGUUAUAUAGCGGCGUCGUACGUCAAGUAUGUGGAAGGUGCCGGCGGAUGUGUGGUGCCGAUUUGGAUUGGUCGUGACCGUGCCUAUUACGAGAGAACUAUGAGAAAAAUUAAUGGCGUUGUCUUGCCAGGUGGCGCAGUUUUCAUCGAUGAUGCAGAUUUGCGCGACAAUCUCCGCAAUGAUUGCGUGAAGAGUGCUAGUCACAUCUACGAAUUGGCAGUGGAGAAGAAUAAGAAGGGCGAAUAUUUCCCAAUCUGGGGCAUUUGCCUAGGCUUUCAGCUGCUUCUCAUAAAUGCUGCGGAUUCGAAAGAUGUGCGAUGCGAUUGCCAGCCCAUGUUCCAGGCUCUGCCAUUGAAGCUUGCCAAGGACUAUCGAGAGUCUGUAUGGCUGAAGCAGCUACCGGACGAUAUGGCGGAGGAUAUGCAAAGGGUCCCCUUUGCUUGUCAUCAGCACCGAUUUUGCAUCACAGAGGAUAACUUGGGGAAUCAUGGAAUCAGGGACGACUGGCAUGUGCUGGCUACAUGCUCCGAUGCGGAGCAACUAUCUUUCGUAACGCUCAUUGAGCACCGAAAGUACCCCUUCUUUGGCAGUCAAUUCCAUCCCGAGCGUGCAGCUCAUGAGCAGCUGUUUGCUAAAACGGAUAAUUGUGCCUCGGCCCAUGUGCGUUGCUGCAUUGAGAAAUCGCAGUACUUGGCGAAUGUGUUUCUCGAACUGUGUCGAAGAAAUGGCAAUAGAUUCGAUAGCAAUCAGGAGAUGCAGCGGCAUUUGAUAUGGAACUGGAAUCCUGAGUUUACGGGGAAAUGGGAAGACUCCAACUGGGUGCAGUGUUAUCUUUUCGAAAAAGAUAUAGACUAUCCGCGGGAAGCAGAGGUAACUAGUUGAUUGAACCGAGUACCAUCAGUUACCGCGCAAGAUACCAUAGAGCCGAUUAUUAUGAGAAACACAUAGACUGACAGUUUACAAUAAAAUUGAGAUGCCAAAGCUGCAUUAAAGUAUGCAA